UUAUAUCUAUUUUGAUGUUACUUGAAUCUUUUUCAGUUUCACCAACACUUAAUGUUAUUUCUUUUGCACGUUUAAAUAUUUCAAAUUCGAUUACAUUUCUUUCAGAAUAUUUACAAACGUCUAGAAGAAUUAAUAUUGAUAAUCCAGCUGAAAAUAAUGUAAAUGAAUCGCUUGAAACGCAAUUAACAUUUCGAAAUGCAAAUAUUAAUGCUCAGUUGUAUAAGAUUCAAGAAUAUCUUAAAAAAGCAUAUGAAGAUAAAAAAUUAUUGAAAAGGAAGAAGACACAAACCUUAAAAAAAGUAAAUAAAGAAAAAAAACAAAUGAAAGGGAAAAAAGAAAAAUCUUACCGAAAUAAAAAAGAAUAUUAAGAAUUAAGUCUAGAAUUCUUUUUUUUUCAAUAAUUCUAUAAGUUAUAAGAUUAUUCUUUAAAAAAGUCUUCGAAAAAUUAAUCGGGCAAAUUUGAAUUGUCUAAAGCAUUAUAUAAAUCCAAUCCAUCAUAAGAUUUUUGAAUUUUAUCACGAAAUUCAAGAGAAGAUUCUUUUGAAGCCGUAAGUGUUGAUGAAAGAAUAUUCAAUUUUCGAUUAGUUUUUCCAAGAGGUCUUCCCCGUUUACAUGCACUUUUUUGAUGAAAAAUCGAAGUAACCGGUAGAAAACGAGAAUCAGGAAUGAACAUAUCCAAUGCAUCUUUAGAAAUGUUUUUAGUUUUAAUGGGAAUAUUAUUCAUUGAAAAAGAUAAAUCAGUAUUACCAACAGAUGAAGACUCGUGAAACAACGUGGAGCAUUCCAUUUUAUUUUUUAUUUCUCCAAAAACACCAUUUGAUUGGCAAGUCAUGUUUUUUUCCAUUCCUUCAGAAUCAUUAUUCAUAUUAACAUCAAAUUUUUGAUGCGUUGGUGGUAAUGAUGAUAUAUUAAUUGAUUCUUUUAGAUCCGAUAAAUUACCUUGAAGAAAUGGAACCCAUUUUAAACAAUCUGGCUUGACAGGCUGAUAUCCUUUUUGAACCCAUUUAUUACAUAUAUCUUGAAGUUUAUUUUGAUCUACUUUAAUUGCAAAUAUCUUCGAAAUCGGAUCAUGUACUAAAGCAUCCAAUCGUUCUAACGCUGAUAUUAUAUCAUCUGGCGUCAUUGAAGUUCUUUUAGAAAUUUCUUGUAUACUUGUUGGCUUCUUUAGAUUACACAAUUCAUAACACAUUUUAAUUUUCCAAUAAUUUCGAUAUGAUACUAAUCCCAAAUAUGAUAAUGGCUUUUCUGGUGUCCCUAUCUUACCCUCUCGUUUACUUAAAAGAUAGCUAAAUUCAAUUAAAAAAUUCCCAUAUCCUUUCCUUUGAUAAAUAGGAAGCGUCAAAAUACAUGAAACAUUAUAAU